AUGCUUAAUAGGAAGUUUGUUUUUAAAGUUCAGAUUUCAAAGUUUAAUCACGAGAACAAUUAUCACGCCUACACCGUUCAUAAGAUGACUGAUGAUGAACUUGUAGUUGGUGCAGUUUUCAAACAUUCACCUGCAUACGAAGAAAACAUUAUUCAUUCUGAUGGUACUCCUAUCAACAAGUCUAUUAAGGAAAAGAGUCUUUCUGUUAAAGGUGACAAUAUUAAUGUUGUUGAUCUUGAUGCGGUGACACCGACAACUACUUCACUGAAACGCCCUAUUGAGAUUGUUACCACCACUGAAUCGUUUGAAUGGUCUUCCUCAAAAGAUGGUGUUGCUCCUCAUACCCUUAAGAUUCCAAAAAUGGAAAAACUCGAAUAA